CAAACCGCAGAAGCUCCGAACCAGACUGAACCAAAUACGAAAAGAGAGAGUGCAGUCUGCCGGAACGUCGCCGGUUGGGAGACGCCGUCCGCCGCCUCCAGAUGCUGCCGCACCCUCCAGUGGGCUUGAGUACAAACAAGUAGGGGAGUACAAAUAGAGUAGUAAUCCAUGAAAGGGGGAAGAAAGAAUUUAAAGAGAGCCAUAAAUAAUAAAACCACGGCACUUCAACAGGGCCAAAUGAUUAUGCAAGUGGUUGACCUCCGUGGCUCCAAUCAAAUAGAGGUAAUGGAUGCAAAGGGUGAAAAGUUUUUAGCAAUAUUCCCAGCCAAGUUUCAAAAGAGCAUGUGGAUUAAAAGAGGGAACUUUGUUGUGGUUGACGAGAGCGCAAAGGAGGAGGCAAUUGAAUCAGGGAUGAAAGUGGGUUGCACUGUCACACAAGUUCUCUUUUAUGAUCAAGUUCGCGAGUAUCAAAAGUCCCCAAAUUGGCCAGAUGUCUUCAAAUCUGCAGCAAUAGAAAGUUCAUCGCAAAAUUUGGAAAGGCACGCGUCUCAGACAUCAUGCGGUGAUGACGAGGAAGAUGAAGAGGAUGACGGGCUUCCUCCAUUAGAAGCCAAUACCAACAGAUUAAAGCCUUUCCAAUUGGAGUCGGAUACAGAGCAAGAUUCGGACUCUGAUUCCUGAUUUGCAGUCAGAUUCGCCCCGCAAAUGGGGGAGCUACAGGUUAAUCCGAAGUAAACUGCCAACUUUUUUGAACUUCAUUUGUUGAGAUUUUGUAACCUGAAGCUCUUUUCUUGGAAGACCGUAAUCCAAUAUGGCUUUUCGAACAUUUUUUUCCACUAAGGAUAUGGGCUUAACUACACAGUUGCUAUGUCGCUAACACAAUGAAAUGAAAAAGAUUGAAACGA